UUCAACAGAGGGCAAAGGCUGCGGAUGCAGCUAGGAAUCUUCGCACUGUUGGGGCGAUCACGUCAUCUGAAAGACGCGGGGAAACGGUUUGUUCGUUUCAAAGAUGUCUUCAGCAAAAUGUGGCGCAUAUCAGUUUUAACCAUGAUUUGUAUGGCCAUUAUAGCUGUAGAAAGUUGUAAUGAAGCAGUAUGUGCAAGUGUUGUGAGCAAGUGCAUGCUCACCCAAUCUUGUAAAUGUGACCUCAAGAACUGUUCAUGUUGCAGAGAAUGUUUUAGUUGCCUUAGCCACUUGUAUAGCGAGUGUUGUUCAUGUGUUGAUAUGUGCCCAAAGCCGAAUGAUACUGGCAGUGCUCUGAGUAAGAAAAGCCAUGUUGAAGAAUUCAAUGACUCGUAUCCAUCCCUCUUUGCUGCACUUACCACUGAACCAGAUCCUAAUAAUCGUUGGAUUACCUAUACAUAUGUUAAUGUAAUUGACCGGAUGCCUUAUGUGCCUGAUGUGCAUAAAAGCCUAGAGCUUCACACACAAAGUGUAGACCAACAUGUAAAUGUUACGUCUGAUUUGGAUUCCAAAAAUUGUACGGUGGUGUUUAUAAAUGAGUGUACCACAUGGAAAAAGUGCAGUGACACUUGCCAGUCUAUGGGAUCAGCAUCAUAUCGCUGGUUUCAUGAUGGUUGUUGUGAAUGUAUUGGUCCUCUUUGUAUUAACUAUGGUAUUAGCGAGAGCAGGUGUAAGAAUUGCUCAUCAGAUAAUCAUGUAGAAGAAGGAGAGGGUUAUGAUACAGAUGGUGAUUACGGUGGUGAUUAUAAUGACUAACAUUUAAUAGUACUUCUUACUUUUAUUAAUAUGAGAAAUAAACACUGUGUCAUUUGAGUGUUAAAUAUGGUGAAUGUUGUGUUGGACUUAAUUUGAAUGGUUCAUAGUCACUUUUGGGUCAGUUGUUAAAUAUGAUAGGGGUUUUUCAUUAUAGAAAACCAGUGGGUUGAUAAUAAAUUAACUGAAAGAUCAGCUGUUCCCAUCUAUGAAUGGGGUUCAGAAUUAAAACUGUAAUGAAAGUUGAACGUAAGCUAUUUUCUGGUUUACGUGCAAUUUAUUUGUGUAUGGUUUUAAAGAACACCACUUAACCCUUUUGAUUGAUAUUUUCUGUUUCAAUGCUUGUGAUGGCUGUGAAAUGUGAUGAAUCUUUCAGCAUUUUGUUGAUGGAUCUUUGUGCCAAGGAGAGAAUGUGUUCAAGUGCCAAUAUUACUCUUCAUAGAAGAGAUUUGCUAUUGCUAUUUCUUUCUAAAAUAAAGUACAUUUUCCAGAAUGUAAUAAAACUAAUGUAUAACACAUUAUAAAGAUUUAUACAUACAAAGAAUUUGUAUCAUAGAAACAUUUAGUAUUAAAUAUUUGAUGUGGCAUUUAAUUUGUAACUCAUUUUAAUAUUGUAUGCCUAGGUAGAGGUAGAUUUUGUAUUUUUUGCUAUUAUUCUACUAAACUAUUUUGCAGGGAUGUCAACUAAUGUGAACAUAAGAUCUUUAUUAUCAAUAAAUUUCCAUGUGAUAACUUGAGAAAAAUUACAGCAUGAGAGUUUCACUAUGCUAUAAAUUCAGUACCUGUGUAGGUACUGUUCUGUUAACCAUAUUUUGCAAGUUUGUGUAACAUAGUUUUUACUUAUUGCCACUAUGAAAGGAUUUUGUGAAUGUAAACUAGAAUAUAGCAUUCUUGUAUAAAAAAAAUUUAAUUACUAUUCAUUAAUUGUUUAAAGAUCAGACAUACCUCUAAUUAAUCUUAAGUCUGUUAUAUGAAUGAUGUGGUAAUUGCUGUGCAUUAUUUUGAAAUUUCUGUUUUAAUUUCUUGUUCUCUCUCUCUUUCUACAGUGUAUGUAUAUUUAUAUGGGGAGUACGGGUGGGUAACAAUAUAAUAUGUAUUUCAAACUGAUCAUAGUUAUGAUGAAAAGGAGAGUUAGUUUUCGUCAUUACGAUGAGGCUUUAUAUUUUGCGUGUUAUUCUUCGGAACAAAAUUUUCAGAUGUUAACAAAUUGCAAACUAGUUAAGUAUUUUACACAACUGUUUUUGAUUAAAAAUAUGGAGUUGGCACACUGUUCUACAUUGUUCUUGCAUCUCUUGAAAUGAUAAGAAUUGUUUAAGUUGCACUGUACUUUUGUACAGUUUCACCUUCUUAUCUUCCUUGCCCAUUCAUAAUUGAAAAUUUUUGGGGUAUUUAUUGAUAAUAAUUUAGAAAUCACUGCCAGAUUGUGAUCCUAUUGACACCCCUGUUCAAUGAAUUCUCAAGAAAUGUAUUGCUCUCUCUCUCUCUCUCUCUCUGUUCUAUAACCUAAUGAAUGUUCAAGCAAAGAAACUUUCAUUAUAUUUUGUGGAAGAAUUGGUGAAGUUGUCCUAACCAAGAAGUUCAGCAAAAACAGAAAGAAAAUGCGGUAGAACUAGGAACAAUAUUUGUAAAGUUUGCUACUAUAGUUGUAUUUUUAUAAUUCCAGAAACUUUUUACAAAUGUUUUAUACAAUGAAACUUAAAAAUGCAUUGAUGUAUUUUUUGUAUUGGUAGAAUAACUAUUUCCGUCCAUUUAUUUUGCUAUAAAUGAAAUUAUUUGUUAUUGUGUUACUUAGCAUCAAUGAAAUUACAUGUAAAUAUUUUGUGGGUAUAAUAUUUGUAAUGUAAAAAUGCUCAAAUUUGUGUUGAAAUAAAUAUAAUAUUUGUGAAUAAUGUUGUGUGUAUAAUGUUAGAACACCACUUAUACAGGUUUUUUUGACUAAAUUGAGCUUCUUUAUGAUAUUCCCAAAAUAAACUAGAUAUAUUAUUU